GUUAUUUGAAACCUCUAUUUUCCAGAAAAAAUAGUAACCUAAUAAAACUGAAUAUUUUUUUUUAAAUAUCGAAACAUAACGAAAACAAUAGAUUUUGAUCACAUACCCCAAAAAUUAUUACAUAGAUUUUCUUCAUCAUAACGUGGGUCGUUUAUUAAAAAAAUACUCUCCGGAGACACGUGAACUUGUUUGCUUCUUCCGGACCCGGAUUUUAUGCCUGGCGCCAAAAAUUGUACAGCUUUUACUUUAUAAAAUACUUAAUUCCAAUGUAGCUUACGUCUCGCUGCUUUCGCAAGAAGUAAAAACACGAUUUUGCUUUUGGACUGAUGGGUGUCUGUUUUUCCUCUCACUAGAUAUUUUUAGAUCGAAUGGGUUAUAUAAAAUGUAAAUGUUAAUGCUUCUCGGUUAUCCUACGUAUGUAUACUUUAACAAUAUUCAUAUCAGAACAGACAAUAUAAACAAAUCAGACACUGCAUCGAUUUAUCGGCAGCGUUUACGUAAGAUUCCCGCACAUAACAUUGCGAUCAAACCUUGACACAGUGCUUUUUUGUUAUUACGGGAGAGCAGUGGCAACCUGUGCGUUUCUUUUAUGAAAUCUUGUUCUGGCUAUAUUUGGGCAUAACCGCGUCAGAUGGGUGACCAUAUCGGUAGAAACCGCAUCUUGUGAAGCUGACUAGCUGUGUGUACAACAGAUCGAGAAAAACGAUGUUGCUGCAGAAGUACUCUUGCGCCUCAUAAAUUGCAAAAAUUAGCUCAAAGAAAUCUUGGAGGAUGGACAUUGCUGACAGAACUUCAUGAUUUCCUGGCCAAAUGAUACCACAUAUGUAGAAACUAAUUUUUACUGACGUUUCGGCCACUACGGUAGCCUUUUUUCAAUAAUGACAAUAUAUUUCAUAUGUGUCUUUCAGGUGACAAUUUACUUGUAUUUUCCUUUCCUUUGUUACUGUACAGUGCGUUGCGACAAUAACUGUCAUUACAAAGGCCAUAGCAUCCACAAAACGACAAGCGAGACAUGACCCUCGCUCAUCAUCCCGAAAACGCCGAACGUCCUCCAAGGACGCGGAAAUCCAUAACUGUUGUCGCAAAUUAUCGGUUAACUGUUGUGCAAUUGUGUGUUUCGUACAGCCAGAUUCUUUUUCCUUCUUUUUUGGUUGUUAUCUUCCUUGUAUACUAUUGACACUAUUUCCAGUUUACCCUAUGCUCCAUUUGGCUUGUACGAACAUGUUCGCUGAGCAUAUUUUUACAGAAAUAACAUGUAUUAAUGCAUGUACCUGUCGAAAUUAUAAUUUCUAAUAGUUGUUUCUGCCAGAAUUGACAAGUCGAGACGACACGUCAAGUUUCCUGUUACACGUCAAGUCAGGUAUGAGGGCAGACACUUGAAUUCAUCAACUUUAACCUUCGAUAGCUUAAAUGGGAGCUUUUUUAAUUCCAGCGGAUAAUAUAGAACUAUGCAAAUCCAGCCAAUGGCGGGAGGAGGUAGGCGUGAAAGUAAUCUGGAAAGCUACAAGUAGACUGCGCUAGGUUCUAACCGCAAACAUCGGUACUGUUCUCGACUUGUACGGCGUGGAGCGAGGUCUCGAGCAUUUCAGAAGCACAAACACCUUGAAUUUCGACCAGUACAAGUACUAUCUUCAAAAGGAGGUGUUUUCAUCGUUUCCAACCAGGCUGCAGCUGUCCGAGCUCAGGGAAUAUGAAAAUAAGAUAGCAGGAGUUUGCUGGUUGGUCUGCAGGAAGAAGUAUCUACAGAGGGAUGUGAAGAUGUUUUCGGACGAUGCAGUGUUUCAGAUUUUCAGGAUAUUUUGCGUUUUGGCGGAAUUGGUUCCGGAACAAAAUAACGAUAAUACAUAUCAGGCACUCUUGCACCCAACAGAAGUAUGUACAAUUGCUCAAACGAUAGCCAGUUCCCUCGGAUGUGACUUUGAUGAUGAAGACUUCACCAGCCUCAGCAUAUCCAUGGGCAACUUCCGACUGACGCCAUUCAUCGCGGUGCUGGAAUCCAGAUGUCUAGAUGGAGUCAAAGACAGCGCUGCCAUCGCACAGGCAGCCACAGAUGUCUAUCAGAAGAUUGUUGAAGAUGUGAUCAAAAAGGGCUUUCUUUCAAAGAGGGGCUACAUCUUUCCAUCGAUGAGAGAAUACUGGUUCGUACUCAGACCUUCCGAACUCACUUACUACAAAGCGAGAAGUGAGAAAGACAAGUGCGGGACAUUGCCCAUCGAGCCAGGAUGUAAAGUUGAACCUAAGACUGGAUACAAAAUCUUGCUACAUUCAUCCGAAAGGACGUACGAGCUUGGAACUACUGAUCACAUGUCUAGGUUGCAGUGGAUUUCAGCGCUGCAGCUGGCUUCCGAUCACGCAGGUGGAUUUCAAAGUUACCAACGGCUACAGGCAGCCAAGAGACGUCUCCAAAGACAGGGUCGAAUUCAAGAAAUGAUUAGGGCUCGAGCUCAACUACAACAGGAAAGGAACGCAAGACAAGCUGCGGAAGGACAGGCCAAAGAACUGGAAGCUGUAGUGAAAGAAGAAGCAAAGAAACUAACGGAGCUUGAGCAAUUGAGGGUCAAACUGGAGAAGUUACUAGAGGAGGAAACGCAAGCGAAAAGAGAUGAAGAAAUCGUUAGAUCAUUACAAGCUAGAGUUCUUGCAGAGGAAUGGGAAAAGCGAGAAGAACUCGAAAGGUUACAAGAAGAACAGAAAUUGCUUCUGGAGGAAGAACGGGAGAAAAGGAAGGAAUACGAAGAACUACAGAGGGAGAAAGAAAGGCAACUUAGAAAUGCUGAAGAACGUCUUGCUCAACUAGAAAAGGAACGUCAAGAUCUGGACAAACAGCUCAAUUCGGCAAAAGAAAAAAUGAAGAAUUCUGAAGACAAAAAAGAACUGCUAGAAGCCAAGUUAUUCCAGGUGGCUCCGAUUAUAAGGGAAGGUGAAAGAGUUAGAAGAGCUCAUUCUUUUAUGCCCAGCACCAAGGAACGACCUAUAUUACUAGAAGUCAGGUCCUCCACGUUGAAGAGGCCAAAUAAAAACAACAUGUAGGGAUAAAUUAAUAAUUUAUUUUUAUUCACACCAAUUUUGAUAUCGUUGAUUAUGUAAACUAACAGCAUUUGUUUUUGUAUAUGUUCAUAAUAAAAAUGUAUUAUCAAAAAAUAUGCAGCACAUCCGUCAUUUUAAUCUAGUAUAACUAUUCUGAGAUAAUUUAGUGCAAAAGCCUCGAGUGUUACUCAAGCGCAUAAUACAGGUUUUCUACUUAGAUCAGUAAAUGAACACUUUUGAUCUGACCAAAAUUCUUAGGUUGAUGAAGUAUUCCUGGUUCCGGAUCCUACCGUAGGCAGGAUUUUAAAGCCUUUGAUUUUUGAUUUUUUUGUUGCAGUUCUGGAAAUAUUAUAUAUAAAAAAAGAUGUUUAAAGAAUUUUGUAGCUGAAUAAAUAAGUUUCAAAAGUU